GUCGCGCGGCAACGCGCGGAGCCGGCGGAAAUGGGGCUGAAGUCCCGCGGCGGGCCUGGGAGCCGCGAGCACUGUCCGUCCUCCCGGGCCCGCCGGACGCGGUGCCUAACGCAGUCCCUUCCCUACCGCUCGGGGACGCGGCCCGGGGAAGCAGCCGGGCCCCCGGCAUGGUGCUCAAGGCCUUCUUCCCCACAUGCUGUGCCUCGGCAGACAGUGGCCUACUAGUGGGACGGUGGAUCCCAGAACAGAAUAGUGCCGUGAUCCUGGCUGUGGCGCACUUUCCCUUCAUCCCCAUCCAAGUCAAGGAGCUUCUGGCCCAGGUGCACAAGGCCAGCCAAGUACAAGUGGCUGUGCUAGGCACCUGGUGCCACCGUCGGCAGGAACCCGAGGAGAGCCUGGGGCACUUCCUAGAGGGCCUGGGUGCUAUCUUCUCCCAUGAUCCCUGGCUGCAGCUAUGCCGGGAGAGGGGUACCAGGUUCUGGAGCUGCAAGGCCACUUACCAUCAGCUGCAAGGCACACCCACUGAAGACCAGGUCAUGCUCAUCUUCUAUGAUCAGCGCAAGCUGCUGCUCUCCUGGCUUCAUCCACCAACAGCAUUGCCUGACUGCCAGGCUGGAGAGACCACAGCCAGUACUGGAGGCCUAGCUGACAUCUUUGACACGGUGGCACACAGUGAGGUGCUCUUCCGAAAUGACCAAUUUGAUGAGGGCCCGGUACGCCUGAGCCACUGGCAGUCAGAGGGCAUGGAGGCCAGCAUACUUGUGGAGUUGGCCAAGCAGGCCUCAGGGCCUGUUUGCUUGCUGAUGGCCUCCCUGCUGUCCCUGCUCUCAGCUGCAAGUGCUUGCAGGCUGUGGAAGCUGUGGCCCCUUGCCUUCAUCAGAAGCAAGCUUUCCACUUGUGAACAGCUUCAGCACCGACUCAAGCACCUCUCCUUCAUCUUUAGCACCCAGAAAGCCCAGAGUCCCAUGCAGCUGAUGAGGAAAGCCAACAUGCUCGUUUCUGUGCUACUGGAUGUGGCCCUGGGCCUGCUGCUGCUCUCUUGGCUCCACAGCAAUAACCGAAUUGGACAGCUGGCCAAUGCCCUGGUCCCCGUGGCUGAUCGCGUGGCUGAGGAGCUCCAGCAUCUGCUGCAGUGGCUGAUGGGUGCUCCUGCUGGGCUCAAGAUGAAUCGGGCACUGGAUCAGGUGCUAGGCCGCUUUUUCCUGUACCACAUCCAUCUGUGGAUCAGCUAUAUCCACCUUAUGUCCCCCUUUAUUGAGCACAUCCUGUGGCAUGUGGGCCUCUCAGCCUGCCUAGGACUGACUGUUGCCCUGUCCAUCCUUUCCGACAUCAUCGCCCUCCUUACCUUCCACAUCUACUGCUUCUAUGUCUAUGGUGCCAGGCUGUACUGCCUGAAGAUCUAUGGCCUCUCCUCGCUCUGGCGUCUGUUCCGGGGGAAGAAGUGGAAUGUUCUGCGCCAGCGGGUGGAUUCCUGUUCCUAUGAUCUUGACCAGCUGUUCAUUGGGACCUUGCUCUUUACCAUCCUGGUCUUCUUGCUGCCUACCACCGCUCUGUACUACCUGGUAUUUACCCUGCUCCGGCUCCUGGUGAUCACUGUGCAGGGCCUAAUCCAUCUUCUUGUGGACCUCAUCAACUCCCUGCCGCUAUACUCCCUUGGCCUUCGACUCUGCCGACCCUAUAGGCUGGCUGCUGGUGUGAAGUUCAGAGUUCUGGAACAGGAGGCAGGCAGGCCCCUCCGCCUCCUGAUGCAGAUAAACCCCCUGCCCUAUAGCCAUGUGGUGCACACCUACCGCCUGCCUAGCUGUGGCUGCCACCCCAAGCACUCUUGGGGCUCCCUGUGCCGAAAGCUGUUCUUCGGAGAGCUCAUCUACCCCUGGAGGCAGAGAGAGGACAAACAGGACUGAGGAGCUGGACACAGCCAUCACGCUCACUACCAGGAUAGCACUGACCAUGGCUUUAUCUCAGGUCCCACUUGGGCCAACCAGACUCUCUGUGUGCUAAAUGUAGGCAGGCCUUACCUUUGAGUUGCUACUCUGGCUCUCAGGCCCUGUCAGCUUCAGUCCUGAACUCCAUCUCUCUAGCACAAUGGUUCUCAACCUUCCUAACACUGCGACCCUUUAAUACAGUUCCUCAUGUCGUGGUGACCUCCAGCCAUAAAAUUAUUCUCGUUGCUAUGUCAUAACUGUAAUUUUGCUACUGUUAUGAAUUGUAAUGUAAAUAUCUGUGUUUUCCUAUGGUCUUAGGUGACCCCUGUCCCUGUGAAAGGGUCAUUCAACACCCAAAGGGGCCGUAACCUAAAGGUUGAGAACCACUGCUCUAGCACCAGCUGUGUGGCGUCCACCUGGUUUGUUACAGUCGUUGCACUGAGCCUAUUGCUAGGAGUGCUCAGACUCUGGGAUAUGCUGGCAGGUCUCCUUGGCUGCUUUGGGUAGGAACACUCCUGGGUACCUGGGUGCACUCCACAAGCCUCAGCAGAACAUUCCCAUCUGGAAAACUGAGGCAGCUGCUGAUCCCCUGCCCCAGCGAACUAAUCCCUCACUCUGUACUUCAUUGGGUUUGCUUGUUGCUGCUCCAUGGAGAUUGCUUUGUGAAAUUGCUGCUAAUAAGCCACUGGGUGUCCUUUGCUUGAAGUAAUACCAUGUGGGGUAAUUGGAUACCUGCCCACCUUACUGCCCUGCUCUUGCUUAGUGCCCCAUGAGAGGAUAGGCCCUUUGGCAAAAUAUUCUUUCUUCUCUCAUUGACUUCUUACAGGACCAGACAGCUCCCCUAUGGACAGGCACUUCUUUUGCUCAGUGUGUGAAUGACUUUGGGGAGGUGGAAUGGCCAGGAUUCCCUGCCACUUAGUAGGAUUCCAUGUGAGCUAGUCCCUAGGGGGUAGGAAGCUUUACUGCCUUAUGGUCUAGAAGUGUCCACUGUGGGCAGGAAGGGGCAGCCAGCCCUGUCUGUCUCUCAGGGGCACUCAGGACUAUCCACACUGGUUCAUCUGUGCCUGCUUCCCUUUACUGUAGGCCACAGCAACUUUUAAGCACCCAAUGGAGGGUGUUGGUGAAGAUGAAUCCUGACCCUGUGGUGACAAUAAAACCUCUCAUGAGUUUGGAGUACCA